CAGUUUUGUAAAUGUCGUGUCUCUAAUCUGUUACAGUUACGCCGCGACAAAGAAAAGAUGGAAGAAGACCUGCACGUCGUUCCAUGCUCAUCCCUCGCCGUUGAGUGUAUCAUUCGCAUAGGAACGGCCGGUGCAAUCUGGGGUUUGUGUGUUGGUCCCUACGACGCUCGUCAACAAGGUCUUACAGGCCUUGCCCAGGCUUCUUUUGUGGCAAAAUCAGCUCGCAAUUUUGGGAUUCGAUGCGGACUUGUAGCUGGACUUUACAGCAUUACACGAUGUGGAAUUCAGAGUUACAGGAAGCAGAAUGAUUGGGUAAAUGGUUUGAUUGCGGGUGCUGUAGCAGGUGGAGCUGUUGCUGCUAGGUCUCGAAGUUGGAAGCAGGUUAUUGGGAUGGCUGGAUUGGUUUCUGCCUUCUGUGCUGCAGCUGACUAUUCCUAGGUUGCGAUUGACAAGCUAACAGAACAGAAAAACACUUCCUUUUCUGUUUUGUUCUCUUUUGUGUUGAACCUUUUUUAGUGAAACCUAAAUGUAUGACUAUUUACCCUCAUGUCUUGUUCUGCGCUAUUUUUAAAACACACCAACAUAAAAUAGAACUUAUCUUUGAUCCGUGCUGUUGUAACACAUCUAUCAAAUACUAUCUUAAAAGUGCAUUUGUUAGAAGGACUGACUGAAAGAACACGUCAACAAGCAAAUUGUUUGUUA